AUGAACGUUUAUACUACUUAUGGCUAUGUGAUAUAUACCGCCGAGCUGCUACGGGAUGUAUGUUCCCUCGUGGCCGCAGAGAACGGAUCGCAGGGUUGGCUUCGUUAUGCGCCGGUUUGUUGUGAUAAAGACUGUCAGGAUGGAUUACCGUCAAGCAUAGUGGCUCUCGAUAACGACCAGACAAGCCCGGUAUAUGUCGCCGGACAAGAACUGCAGCAGGGUAUCCAGCGGAUAUUCAACAAGACCCUCCCAAUCAGCUCUAACUUCGACGAGUGCACAACUGCAUCAUCAAUCAUCGUCAGUACUGUCGAAGACUACAACCGUAGUACCUAUGACAUCCCCGAACUGGACGAUGAUGGCUUCGUACUCAACACAACAGGCGACACGGUCCAGCUGCUAGGCCAAAAUCAACGCGGUGCUCUCUACGCGGCGUUCUAUUAUCUAUCCUUGCUGGCGCAGGGCAAUUUCUCCAGGGUGGCUUAUACGAGCAGUCCCCACGCACCGAUACGAUGGGUUAACGAGUGGGAUAACAUGGACGGGAGCAUUGAGCGUGGUUACGCGGGGCCAUCGAUAUUCUUCGCCAACGGAACUGUGGUCGACGACUUGACUCGCGCCAGAGAAUAUGCACGUCUACUGGCUUCGAUCAGGGUCAAUGGGAUUAUCGUGAAUAAUGUCAAUGCCAAUGUGACGCUGCUGGAACCUCGGAAUAUCGAAGGUCUGCGCAGGAUUGCAGACGUUUUCCGGCCGUAUGGCAUACAAAUUGGCAUUUCGUUAAACUUCGCCUCGCCUAGAGAUUUCGGUGGCCUUGACACCUUCGACCCAUUAAAUCCGUCUGUCGUGUCUUGGUGGGAGAAUGCCACUGACCAGAUCUACCAGCGCGUCCCAGAUCUAGCAGGAUAUCUAGUCAAAGCUAGUUCAGAAGGCCAACCCGGUCCGUUGACAUAUAACCGCACACUAGCCGAAGGAGCGAACGUCUUUGCGCGAGCACUCCAGCCGCACGGUGGAAUACUCAUGUUCCGCGCAUUCGUGUACGACAAUAAUCUCAACGAGUCGAACUGGACAGCCGAUCGUGCAAAUGCGGCGGUUGACUAUUUUAAGCCGUUGGACGGAAAGUUCGAAGAGAAUGUCAUUGUGCAGAUAAAAUACGGACCGAUAGAUUUUCAAGUCCGCGAACCGGCGUCGCCUUUAUUUGCUAAUUUGAAUCGGACGAACGUGGCAGUUGAGUUGCAGGUUACGCAGGAGUAUUUGGGGCAGCAGUGUCAUCUUGUUUAUCUGCCGCCGCUGUGGAAGACGGUUUUGGAUUUUGAUCUUCAGGUUGAUGGGAAAGUAUCGCUUGUAAGGGAUGUGAUCUCCGGGAAGACGUUUAAUAGGCCUCUUGGGGGAUGGACAGCUGUUGUUAACGUGGGCACGAAUACGACAUGGCUUGGGAGUCAUCUUGCCAUGUCGAAUUUGUAUGCAUAUGGUCGACUGGCUUGGGAUCCGAUGGCUGAUUCGGAGGACAUUCUGCAAGAUUGGAUUCGUCUGACUUUCGGUGCUGACCAGCGUGUUUUGGAUACAAUCACAGAAAUGUCAAUGGCGUCCUGGCCGACUUAUGAGAAUUACACCGGUAACCUCGGCGAGCAAACAUUGACGGAUAUCAUCUACACCCAUUACGGACCCAAUCCGGCCUCACAGGAUAACAACGGCUGGGGACAGUGGACGCGCGCAGAUCGCCAGGGUAUUGGUAUGGAUCGCACGGUAGGCAAUGGGACCGGAUAUGCCGGACAGUAUCCAGCAGAUGUGGCUCAGCUGUACGAGGACAUCGACACAACUCCGGACGAUCUCCUGCUCUGGUUCCACCAUGUCAACUACACGCACCGUCUCCAUUCAGGAAAAUCGGUCAUCCAGCACUUUUACGACGCGCACUACAGCGGCGCAGAAACCGCCCAUUCAUUCGUAGAUAAGUGGGAGGCAUUACGCGACAAAAUCGACCAGGAGCGGUACGACGACGUCCUGACCCGAUUAGUCUACCAGGCCGGCCAUUCCAUCGUCUGGCGAGAUGCCAUCGCCAACUUUUACCAUAACCUCUCCGGUAUCCAGGACGAGAUGCAGCGUGUCGGUAAUCAUCCAUGGCGCAUCGAAGCGGAGAGCAUGACUUUGUCUGGAUACAAGCCGUAUCCAGUGUAUCCGUUCGAAACCGCAUCCAACGCCACUGCCAUUAUCACAUCGUCCAACUCAACCACCGGCACCGCCACAGCGACAUUAUCCAUCCCGUCAGGGUCGUACAACCUCGCAAUCAACUAUUACGAUCUGUACGGCGGCGAGUCACAGUGGACGGUAUACUGCAACGACGACCAAAUCGGACAAUGGACAGGAGACACCAAACUCGGCCACAUCCCGUCCAUCUACCUGGACGGCCAUUCCGCCACUCGUGUAACGUUUCGCGAUGUCGAUUUCCGGCCCGGGGAUUUGCUCAGGAUUGUUGGGGAACCGGAUGGAACCGAGCCGGCGCCGUUGGAUUAUGUAGCGUUGCUUCCGGGAGGUGUUGUCGACUAGUAUGGUCCGUGGGCGACCUCGUGUCGAGGCCUGGUAUCUGUACGGAGUACUAGGGGUACUGUCAAUAAACGUCGUUCAAACCCACUCCUUUCGUAGGCAUAGGGCUUACCUGUCAUGUCUCAGUUGACUCGCCAAUAGCGUACUG